UGUACAAAUAUAAUCAGUUAAGAUCGAAUCGUAGUUGAGCUAACACGCUCAGGCUUUGCUUUAUUGAAAAUCAAUCAAUAUUGAGGCAUAAUUUCAAGAAUAUAUUCGAUUCAAUAUCGAGUUUUAAUAUAAACUAUGAUGCAUCAAAAACGUUUAAGUGUCAUAUUAGUUGUCCUGGGAGUCAUAACUCAAGGUAAAAGCGGCCCCAUUCAAGCAUCCGAAUGCCCUGAGAAAAUAGGUGAACAAGCGUACGCGCACACGGAGCGAUGUGAUCAAUUUUUCCUUUGUACAAAUGGUACUUUGACUUUAGAAACAUGUGAGAAUGGUCUGCUAUUCGGUGGAAAAGGAUCUGUACAUAAUCAUUGUAACUAUAAUUGGGCUGUUGAUUGCAAGGGACGAAAAUGGGAUCCAACACCGAUAUCGACACCUGGUUGCGAGUAUCAGUUCGGCAUCUACCCAGUAUCAAAAGAAUGCUCUACAACAUAUAUAAAGUGUGUUUUCGGCGAACCAAUCGAGCAAGAAUGUGAUGCCGGAUUGGCAUAUGACGAUCGAACCCAUGGUUGUAACUGGCCAGAUCAACUUUUAGAUAUAUGCAAUCCUGAAGCUGUGGUUGGUUUUAAAUGCCCUACUAAAGUUGAUUCAGGCUCACCAACUGCACGCUUUUGGCCAUUCCCACGUUUUCCUGUUCAAGGUGAUUGCCACCGUUUAAUAACAUGUGUUGAGGGAUAUCCACGUUUAAUAUCGUGUGGAGAGGACAAAAUUUUCGAUGAAAAUACACUUACUUGCGAAGAGCCGGAAUAUUCAGCCUCUAAAUGCAAUAGCAUUGGCAAAUAAUGAAUUUCUUCUGAGAACUACUAAUAGACAACUAUCCUGCAAACACUUUUGUGGCUCAUCACUGACAUUAAAUACUGAUUAAUUUUAAUUACAUAAACAUAUAUAUGUAUAUGUAUAUGAGUCUAUAUAUUUAACUGGAUCCAUAUUCUUCUUUUCUUUUGUUUUACUGGAAUAGCAAAGUGCAAUGUUACGAUAUCAAUUUGAGUAUGAAAAAAUUAUAUUACACAUUAUAUCCGCAUAAAUUCAUUGUAAAAGAAAUAACCCAAAUAUAUAUGUAUGUACAUAUGUGUAUUCAUUCA